GUAGCGUGUUCAACCAGUUCAAAGUGCGUGGAAUGGUACGGUGGACUAGGCUUCACAAAGGAUUACCCCGUUGAAAAAUUCUUCAGAGACGCAAAAGCUGACGAGAAGUUCCGAAUGCUCCUUAAUAGACUAUGCCUUACAGGUACAAUCUAUGAAGGUACGUCAAACAUUCAGCUGAAUACGAUCGCCAAACUGAUUGAUGCUGAAUAUCAAGCCUAA